AUGGUAGACUCGAUUGAGCAGGAGUUGUGUAAUUUCUCUACGCUUGAGGAGAUCAUGGUUUUCUUUGGCGCUCAAGGUGUACCAGCUAGUUAUGCUAUAGAGAUUGAAAGUGAGCUUGAAUUUUUGAAAUGUGCUUCAAUUGUUGAUGCUUAUAUUGUUCACAAGUCAAUGCUCGAGAAGAGUAAAAGUAAUUCUAUCUUGAGUAGUUGGGGGAAGUUUAUAACUACUACGAGACUUAUGUGUUAUCUUGCCCAUUUCGGUGGCCAUAGACUUGUUGAAGAGCGCACUGUAGCACAACAGAUUCAGCUUGCAGAGCUUAGAAAAACAUCCGGUGCAGCCAUGAGACUGCCUCUCCUCGCAAGCUCUCAAGCCCUUCUUGCUAUAACUCUUCAACAGAAACAUCAUUAUCUCUCCCUUCUCUGUGAAACACCUAUGGAGGUAAACAAGAAGUGUAGAUUGAGGGAUCCUGAAUCAUUUUCCUAUCUCCAACAAUCUUAUUGCUAUGAAAUAAUAGCAUGUAUUACUUCUGCUCAUGAUUCUGUUAAUAUAAAAGAGGUAUUGAAAAUUGCUUGGCUUGGCAAAAGAGAGCAGAUGAAAUUGUUUAGAGUUGUGGCCUUUGUUAUGAUUCUUGGUAAUAUGGAAUUCUUUGAAGGCAAUGAAUUUGUUUCCUCAAUUCUGCAAGUUGACAGUGUUUGGUUUAUACUUCGCACCACUAUUGCAGCUCUCUACCACACUUGA